AUGUUCUAUUCGGUGAAGUGGGAUCAACGAGAAAUUUUGGCGAAAGCUGUAGAAGUUGACGUACGAUUGAGGGAUUUUAUCGAGCAGAGUGCUCCAUUCUUUCUGAUCUACACGAAGAUGAUCAUCGUCGUUGUUGUGGGCACUGUUUUCUACGUACUUCUGUCAAUGUGGUUGAUGGGGUUUUUGAUGAACAGGUGGGUUGGCAAUUUUAUGAAAAGAGGUACCUUAGGACACAUUAAUUGUAAAAAAAAAUUGAAAAACUGCAAUCUCUGCAUUUUAGUAGAACUAUAGAGCCUCAGAGACGCCAAAAGCUCCCUUUUUCUCACCAAACUUGUAGAGUUCAGUAUCAGAGACAUUUGUAACUAAAAGAAAAAAAAUGCAGUUUUUCUUGGGCUGAUUUUGAACCAGGGGCCCUGAAAGACCUCUCACUAGUCAGCAAAAUUUAUUCGAAUACUUCACGUUUCUCUAGUGAGAAAAAAAUGAUGCUUCAGAGGUUCGUUUCGAUAAAACUACUUUCAGAGCGAAAAAGACGAGUUUUGCCAGUUCGCGGGCAGUUCAAAAGCUUCAGAAACGUCUCAUGUUCGUGAUGCUGGGAUCUUUCGCUUUAUUCUCACUAUCAAUAGCCAUUCCGACAAGCGGCUGUUUUUUCACAGUCCUCUAUGGAUCUCAGUCAAUCGCCAGGUUUCCCAUGAUUUAUUCACAUUUUCAAAUUUAUAAUCGACGUCAUAUUUUUCUAUGUUUUAUAUACCUUCCAUUUACACCUCGAAAAUUAAAAUUGCAAAGUUCGAUUUCAGAUACCCUUUUGUAUUAUUUCUUUACGUUAUGCCGACAAUCCUUCUCUGUCCAUCCCUAUGUACACUAUUCCUGCUACUGAUAAAGCCUUAUAGGGUAGAACUAUUGAAAAUGCUGAGUACGAGGAGAAUAUCACUUCUGGAGGCCCGCCGAAGUGCUAAACCAACUUGGACGAUUGUUCUUUGAAUGUGUCUUAAAAUAAACUUUUUUUGAAAUUUAUGAUUUCUUGUGAAUUUUUUGAAAGUUGUUUCUUUCUUUUUCCAAUGAAAAAGAUUUCUUUAGAUGUUACGUUAUUCAUUAGAAGAAUAAUAAUUAUUAAUGAAAAAAAUAUAAAAAGUACGAAUAGCAUUAAGAAAUUAUAAAAAAAUUUCCCAUGGCCUAGAAAUUAUUUUUUUCUUAUAUUUCGUACUUCAAAAAUAGCAGAGAAAAAAAUAUUGAUAAAAAAAUUAAUGCGGGGGUGUUUUUGUAGAAAGGAUUAAUUUUAAGAUUACUUUUUCACACAGAUUUUUCUGGGUUUAUGACAAAAUAGCCUGUGGAUAGUCGCAGUAAAAGUCACGCUCAAAAAAACGCCCAUAACAAAAAAAUUCUUUGUACAGAAGAGCCACAUCAGGGGUUCGAGUCCAGUACAAAAUUGCGCUCCACGGAUAG